AUGGACUAUUCAACUUUAGCAAACAAAUUGUUGGAAUUCCGCGCCAUAGCAUGCGACCCAGGUGCAGUUGACAGAUCAAUUGAUGAAGAAUAUCUCAGACGGUACAAAUGGUGUGAAGAAAAUAGACAGAUUGGCAUAAGAAAUGCUCGAGAAAUGGAGGCCAGGAGAAAAGGAAACGCAGUUAGGUUGAAUUCUCAAAAGCAAUACGAAUGUAAUCUUCUUUCAAAAAUGAAAUCCGAGGAAGUGAGGAACAUCCUGAAGGAAGAACAAAACAAAACAGAAGAAUCUUUGGCCGCAAAUGUCAAGCGAAAAUUGGAAGAGGAAGACCGCAUCAUACACGAAAGGACAAUGCUAAGAGAAACCGAACCAGAGCUUAGAGAUUUAGCCUCAAAAAUAAGGGCAAAACUUGUGGGAAGAAUACUUGAAUCACAGAUCCACUCCAAAAGGGUUGAGAAAAUGAAUGAAAUAAAACAAGAAGUAGAAUGGGAGAAACAGUUACUUAAAGCUGAUGCCAUGGAAGAAUCCUAUGAAAUAAUGAAGUCUAAAUUACGCGAUGAGAAGCUAAGAGAAGAAGCCAGACAAUUUACUUAUGACAAGCUAACAGGUAAUACACAGAAAGAUAGAGAUGCUCGUGCUGAUAAAGAAGAAUCGAAAAGAAUUAUUGACAGAUUAGUUGCUGAAGAAAACAAGCAGAUAGAAAAGGAAGCAGAAGAACGUAAACGUAUAAAUGAAAGAAUAAGAAAAGAAUAUCAAAAAUUUAUUGAACAAUGUGAAAAAGACAAAGCUAAAAAAGCUGAUGAAAUUGAAUUUGAACGUCAAUUGUUAAAAGAAUUUAGCGCCUACAAUAAUCGUCUAGAUGAAAGGAAACAAGUGAAAAAAGAUAGAAUUAAUGAACGAAUUAAAAAACAGGAAGAAAUAGAGAGGGAACGUGAACUAGAAAGACAAAUCCUGGAAAAAGCUCAACGUGAAAAAGCUGAAUUAGAGGCUAAAAAACUUGCUGAAAAGAAAAGGUUAUGUGAAGAAAUGAAGAAAUAUCGUCAAGAACAUAUUGCACAAAAUCAGUCAAGAUUGUGUAAGGAGAAAGAAGAAUAUGAAGUCUAUCUGAAAGAAUUAGAGAAACAUCGAGCUAAAGUAGAAGCGGAACGGCAAGCAAUGUUAAAGGAAUAUGCAGAAUAUUUAAAAAUGAUGCAUGCGGAGAUACUGAUUUUCCACCAGAAAUAA